AGAGACUGUCAAUCUCAGGCAGGGACAAGGCAGACAGAGGUCCAUUUGUAAGGAACCUCCUCCCACUGCCUCCCCUCUCCUCCUUCGCCCAGACUACCCAGGCAGCUGGAGCACUCAAGAAGGUCUUUCUGCCAAUAAGACUGAAAAGAAAGAAAAGGAACAAAAGCCAUGAUGAAAUUUGUGGUGCUUGCCACCCUCGGGCUAACUCUGCUGCUAGGAGCCCAAGCCAUGCCUUCAAGUCGCCUUUCUUGCUACAGAAAGAUGCUAAAAGAUCGUAACUGUCACAACCUUCCAGAGGGCAGAACCGACCUGACGCUGAUCGACACAAACAUCCAGCAUCAUUUCUGGGAUGGUAAAGGAUGUGAGAUGAUCUGUUACUGCAAUUUCAGCGAAUUGCUCUGUUGCCCAAAAGAUGUCUUCUUUGGACCGAAGAUCUCCUUUGUGAUCCCCUGCAACAGUCACUGAGGAUCGCCACGCAUUCCAGAGAACUCGGGGCGUUCCCCAGUUCCCACUAACUGCAUCCGUGUAGCUACAGUUCCGAUUUCCCAUAGUGUGUACAAAAGCACAGCUUGUACAAAGUCUCACUCGCCCCCGAGUAAACCUGGCUAACACAGCAAUAAAAGUUAUUUCCACUCCA